AAAUAAAUUAUGUUUAAGACAAGAUAUUUAAUAACCAACUAAUUCACUCAUUUCUCAAGAUCAUCAUUUUCAAGUCAACCAUUUGAUUUGGUAGUAAUAGGAGGUGGUCCAGGAGGAUAUGUAGCAGCAAUAAAAGCAGCUUAAUUGGGUUUGAAGACUGCUUGUGUUGAAAAGAGAGGUACUUUAGGAGGUACUUGUCUAAAUGUAGGCUGCAUUCCAUCUAAAGCCCUUUUAAACAUAAGUCAUAAAUAUGAAGAUGCUCAUAAAAACUUUAAAGGAUUAGGAAUUAAGGUUGAUAAUCUAGGAGUUGAUUGGGCAUAAGUAUAGAAGAAGAAAGGUGAUAUAGUUGGAUCCCUUACAAAAGGAAUUGAAGGUCUAUUUGCUAAAAACAAGGUAUCCUAUUAUAAGGGAUGGGGUAAAUUUGCUACUAAAAAUGAAAUUGCAAUUGAUUUAAAUGAUGGAAAAAAAGAGACCAUAACAACAAAGAAUACCCUUAUUGCAACAGGAAGUGAACCUACUCCUUUUCCAGGAUUAGAAUUUGAUGAAAAAAUAAUCAUCUCAAGUACUGGAGCAUUGUCACUUCAAUAAAUUCCUAAAAAAAUGAUUGUAAUUGGAGGAGGUGUAAUUGGUGUAGAAAUGGCCUCAGUUUAUUAAAGAUUAGGAACAGAAGUUACUGUUGUAGAAUAUUUAGAUAAUAUUUGUGGAGCUAUUGAUCUUGAAAUAUCUAAGGCAUUCUAAAAAAUAUUAACUAAAUAAGGAAUUAAAUUCUUAAUUGGACACAAAGUUUUAGGAGGAAAGAAUUUAGGUAAUGGUGCUGAAGUCACCAUUGAACCAGUUAAAGGAGGUGAUAAAAUUACAUUAACAGCUGAUCAUGUUUUAGUAAGUACAGGUAGACGUCCAUACACUUAAGGAUUAAAUGCUGAAGUAUUUAUAUUUAUAUAUUAACUAAAUAGUCAAUUGGAGUGAAAUUAGAUAAUAAGGGUAGAAUUUCUAUUGGACAUAAUUUUACAACAGGAGUUGAUGGUGUUUAUGCAAUUGGUGAUGUUGUUGAAGGACCUAUGCUUGCACAUAAAGCAGAAGAAGAAGGAAUUGCAGUUGCUGAAAUCUUAUCUGGAAAAGUUGGACAUGUCAAUUACGAUGCUAUUCCAGGAGUCAUCUAUACUAGUCCAGAAGUUGCUACUGUUGGAAAAACAGAAGAAGAACUUAAGAAGGCUGGAGUUUAAUAUUCUAAAGGAUCUUUCCCAUUCUUAGCUAAUUCUAGAGCUAAAGCUAAUGAUGAUAUAGAAGGAUUCAUUAAAGUAUUAACUGAUAAAAAGACCGACAAAUUAUUGGGAGUUCAUAUUGUUGUAAUCUCUUCUUCUUAAUCUCUAGGGUCCCAACGCUGGAGAAAUGAUUGCAGAAGCUGUUCUUGGUAUUGAAUAUGGUGCUGCUUCAGAAGAUCUUGCCAGAACUUGUCAUGCUCAUCCAACCUUAAGUGAAGCUUUGAAGGAAGCAUGCAUGAGUGCUCAUUUCAAACCUAUUCAUAUGUGAGAGCAAUUGAUAAUAAAUAAUAUAAAUAUAUAUAAAUC